UCUCCAAGAGGACUACACGGAUACCAAUAGCACACCAUCCUUUCUUCCUGAAUUCUGAACACUGGUGGAACGGUACGGUAGAUGAUCGAGAGGUAUUGCAGUUUUCCCGGGAGCUGAAAUCGCCUUAAUAAGCAGUCAUUUUUACAGUUUUAGGGUCUUGACCAACAAGAGCCAAAAUGAAGCUUCUUACAGUAAUCCUUGCUCUUCUGUUCUUAGCUCUUGCCUCGGAUGGCCAGUCAACGGAGCAGCCAGCUACUCGAGUAGGCAAAACCACCCAACCCACGAUGCCCACUCAAAAGCCUGCGACCGUGGUCCCUACUACCCAACCGGCGUCCAAAGCACACACCGAAGGCAAAGCGACAGUGGUCCCCACCACCCAACAGGCGUCCAAAGCACACACCGAAGGCAAAGCGACAGUGGUCCCCACCACCCAACCGGCAUCCACGGCGCACACCCAAGGCAAUGCAACAGUGGUUCCUACCACCCAACCAGCGUCCACGGCGCACACUCAAGGCAAUGCAACAGUGGUUCCCACCACCCAACCAGUGUCCACGGCGCACACUCAAGGCAACGCGACAGUGGUCCCCACCACUGUGCCCACAAAGGCCCCGGCCACCACCUUUUCGCCCCUCAGGACUUGGUCAGUGUCGGACGCUCACGGAAAUGAGUGCAUCUUGGCCCAGUUUUAUGCAGCCUUCUCUGGUACCUACAAGCUCAAAGACAAAUCCACCGGGAAGUUUGCCUUCAACAUGCCGGAGAAUGCGCAAGUCGACAAAGCAAAGAGCAGGUGUGGCUCGGCGACGGAAUCGGCCAUCCUGGCUCUGUCGUGGUACCAAACCGCCGAUACCUUCACCCUGGAAUUCACGAUGGAUCCCCAAACUAAAAUGUUCCAGCUUAAGUCUGCUAAUGUCAGCCUGACGCACACCGAAGCCCAUUUCCCCAACAGCAGUGCAACAGGGGCCGUUGAGUACGGGGGCGUCCCCAGCGAGGUCUUCUUCAAGACGGAGCUAGGCUACAGCUACAAAUGCACGGCCAUGGAGCAGAUUCCCUUCAAGGAGCACGCCUUCGCCAUCACUUUCACUGACCUCCGGGUACAGCCGUUCCAGGUGGACAAGACAUUCGGCAAAGAGAGCCACUGCCCCGCCGACUUCCCCGCGCACUGGGGUCUUCGGGACUCCAAGGGAUCAUAUUGUCUGCUAGCCGAUUUCGAGCUCACCUUCACGGGGGAGUACAUGAAAAAGGACAAGAAAAUGUACCCGUUUGAGUACGUGCUACCGCAAAAUGCCGCCAUUGACAACGCCACGAGUCAGUGCGGGUCAGACAAGGAGCCAGAGGUCAAUGCCAUCCUGGCCCUGACCUUCGACAACGGCAGCUCCUUCACUCAGGUCUUCCAGGCCGACAACAAGACCAAGACGUUCUCCCUGGUGAAUGCCACGGCCGUGCUGGUGCACAGCCCUGCCCAUUUCCCCGACAGCAGUGACGCUGGCAAGCCUGUCACCUACGGUGGGAUGGUGCCGAAGAAGUUCCCGACCGGCCUGGGAAGCUAUUACAAGUGCUCCGCCCAAGAGAAGGUGGACUUCAAGACCAAGGACAAGUUUGCCCUGAGCUACACCGACGUCAAGAUCCAGCCGUUUGAUGUGAAGGACACAUUCGGAGAAAUGAACCAGUGCAGCGAUGAUACUCCAAAACGCAGGCCGGCGGUGCCCCCAGUCGGACAUUUCAACAUCUCCAACACCAAGGGCAUCUGCAUGAUGAUGCAGUUUGGAGCUCAGUUUAUCAUUUCCUACCAAAUGGGAAACCACACGAAAUCCAGGGAGGGUUACUACUUCCCCAACAUCACUGUAGACACUGAAGCCUCGACCUGCACCGACACCAAAGCAGAGUUUGUCGCCAAGUUCUCACCGGAAGGCAAGAAGACCGAGAAGGACUGGACGAUGUCACUGACUUUCACCAUGGACAAAGACAAGAACUACGCCCUAACCAACUUCACCCUGCGUUACGUGGUGGACGCCAUGUACUUCCCUGGAGUCAACGCAUCAACACAUGACGACAUGACUGUCUCCAAUGGCACUAAACGCUACGAUUCGACGGCGGGCAACUACUACAUGUGCAAAGCCAACCAGAACAUCACGGCCAAGGAGGUGGUGGCCACCUUCACCGAGAUGAAGGUGCAACCUUUUGCCCAGGAGGUCAAGAAAGGGGGAUUUGGAGAUCCCACGGAUUGUGCCGCGGACAACGACGUCAGCAACAUCGUGCCGAUCGCCGUGGGCUGCGCCCUGGCUGGCCUGGUCAUCAUCGUGCUGAUUGCCUACCUGAUCGGACGCAGCCGCACCAACCGAUCUGGAUACCAGUCGGUCUGAGUACAUUCCGCAAUGUAAGCAAACCGAUUAGUGUUCCAUAUGGAAAAUAAGAGGCGAUUUCUGGGCAGGGUACCGGGGAAAGAAGGGGGUUGAUCCAUUUUCAGAUUUGUCACUGGUUCCUGUAGAUUUUUUGGAGCUUUCCCAGUACUCUGUCCUCGGUGGUGGUGGGAGGGGGGGCUCUAGUUCUGACCUUAUGGAGACAUUUUGUGUACAGAGCAUGUAUUAGUCCACAGCCUUGGCUCUGCCAGAACUUAUGAUAUGAUCCCAAGAGAGAUAUCAUGCAAAUUUAUUUAAAUUUCGGCAGAGGUUGUGGACUUGUGUUUUCAUUUUGGCCAUUUACAAAAGUUGGUUAACUAAUUGACAGGCAGAUUAAACUAUGUCCCUUUUAACCCCAACCCCCCAGGCCCCGUUUGCUGGGCACCUUCCUCAAUCCUCCAAAAUCCUCCAAUAGGCUUGGUACAAAAACGCAUUCUUCCAAAAUCCUCCAAAAUUUCCCACUUUAAUAUCAUUUGAGGGAUAAUCUUAACCUCAAUCCUUCAAAAUCCUCCAGUGUGCAAGCUCUAAGAAACAAAGCAAAAUGAAAAGAAACCAACCUAAGGGGUUGAUAUAAUCAGCGACCAGUAAUAAAUAAAUAACUAUGGUGAACAAUAAAUUGAAUAGUACCACUCCCCACGCAGCCUUUUCUAUUCCUCCAAAAUCCCGUAACACUUCGAUCCCCAUGCUCCCCCAAUCUUCCCAAAUCCUCCAAUGCUCAAAAUACCAUUCUCCUUCAAUCCUUCCAGAUCCUCUGACUUCAAAAACUCCAUUCUCCCUCAAUCCUCGAAAAUCAUUCGAUGCUCAAACACCGUCCUUCCUCAGUCCCCCAAAUUCCUCCAAACUAACCAAAGGAUCUUGGAGUACUGCGGGGGGUUAGGGUUAAUGUGCUUAACUUUGCUCUUUAAUUGGAUUAGAGUAGCAUCACGUGACCAUUAAAGCUGUAUACUGAAGAAGAUUCACUUUUCCACCAAAUGCCUGGAUGUGUUUUUUUAAUUUUGAAGUACAAAUUCUUGACCGGUAAUGAAUCCGUUGUAUUUCAGUUGCAUCUCUAAAUUUUCCUCAAAAAAAAGGUUGUAAAUUGUAUCGUGAAUGCUGGACAAAAAAAAAAGACAGAAAAUGUACAAUCUUUUAAUGUGCUCAGUUAUGUCCAGUAUAUACGUUGAUUUGGAUGUGCUUUGUGUGGACUUGCUUACAUAGUAAGAAUUAAUGCAAAAAAAAAUCUGAAUAUUUUUGUAAUGUUUUGGGGGGAUAGUGUCAUUUUUGUCAGAAAUAAAAAUGACUUCAGCUGUAAAUGUUAAACUUUUUAUAAGCGGAUAGAAAUAUUUAGAUUUGAUUUUAUUGUAUCCAUUUUAGUUUCCCAACUGUUAGAUAGUUUUCCUUUCUCUGAAUGUCACAGUUAAGGACUGAAACAUAAAACGGAGGGCAAUCUUAGAAAUUUCUCUGUGACAUGAAAUUUUGAGAUGUAAAGCUGCAGGCAGAAAAAAAACUGCACGUAAUGUUGGGGGAGAAGAGUUGAAUAUUUCGUUCGACAAAACAUUUUGAAAGUCGUCAAACAGUAUUUUAAAUGUGGUUGUUUUUACUUGUUUUGGCCUUCAAGAUUUCUUCAAUUUCAUUCUUUGGUAAAUUUCUCCUUCGCUAUGAAAACAAAUCAACUGAUGAGGGAAAAUAUUUGCACCCCAAAUAAUAUAAGUUAUGUCGGGUGAGAUUUCUGAGGAUGUUUCGCGAUUUUGAGGAUUCUUUUUUUUUUUUCAGGGCUGUACUGAUUUUAGGAACUUUCAAACAACCCUCCAAAAAUAAGGAAAAUCCUGAGUUUACCAUCAAGAUGGUAAACAUUACCAUUUUACAUAUAAAAUUGAAUACAGAUUUGCAUGUUUUUAAGGGGUACCUUUUGGUAAGCAUAUAUAUACCGGUACAUAAACACUGUUGUGGGAACCCUCAAAAUCUCUCGUAAUUAUUUCAUGGUUUUUUCAAUUUUCUUAGUCUCAUUUCCAUUACGUUUGAACCAAUGGCAUCUUAAUUGGAAAAUGACACGAAGAAAUGUUUAACAGUUUCUUCGCAAUACAUCACCCAAUUUGUGUCCUAACUCGCAAUGUAUUUUUUUUAAUGAGGUUGGUAGAUAUAUAUAUAUUGUGAGUUUUUUUAGUUGAUAUUUCGGAGAUUGAUUGCUACGAAAUGUACAUGAUUUAUAAGGGGUUUAGAAAUUUAAAAAGGAAAAAAAAAAGGAUGUGAUGAUUAGAGAUGAUUGGUCAUUGUUUAAUGAAAUUAGAACUACACGAUGCCAAUAUCGGGGUUUAAUGAGAGACUUUUCUUGUUGAUACAGUGGAUAUUGUUAUCAAGGAUAUAAUUGUAUUGUGAAUCCCACUUGCAAUUUUCCUAAAUCGAAGAAUUGCCCACUGUUAGCAGGCGCAGUAAUAAAAAAAUUAAAGCACAUGUGCAUGUAUGUAGCAAAAGCAGAGUUCUUGUUAUUGAGCCGUUUUUAGCAUUGAUAAUCAAGAUCGGAAAUGGCAGAUUGUUAUUAACAUGUGAUUUGGAAGAGGGGGCGUACCCUGAACACUCAGAAAAAAGGUUUAACAAUGGGGGUACAUGUAGAAUCUUGUGGCUGGAGGUGUGUGUCUUUUUUUUUUCAAAAUGCAGAAUUUGCUGACAUUUCCUUUUCAACCUCUGGCGGCCGCUCACCGUUUAUUAAUUAACAGCCAUUAGACUCUUCAUCACAAUGCGCGCCAUCCCUUAGUAUCUACAUUUCCUUUAUCUGAGGCCUUUUAUUUUGAGAGAAUAAUUGAGCCUUUCAAAAAAUGUCGACAAGACGUCCAGAUUAAAUUCCAAUUGUUCGACAGACAGACGUGAAAUGUCUCUAUCUGGGUUUUUCCACAGUGUUUUUGUCCAGUUUGGUGUAUCUUGUAGAGUUUUAUUUUGAUUCUAAUCCAGAGUUAUCAGGAGUAAUGUUGUGGUAAGACCAAUACUUCAGUCCAUGUUUGCAUACAUCUGUAUUUCUGAAAAAUUUCACCAUAGAGUUGAUGCAAAACAUUACAUGUAAGUGUAAAUGAAAAUUGUCUGCCUUGAGAAUUAGUAAUUACAUAAAUGCAAGUAUUUACGUAAAGGUUUCGUAUUACUUUUUUUUUCUUCGGCUGUGGAGUCAGUAAUUUUACGCUCUGAAAUCACAUUGAGUACUUGGAAUUUUUUUAUAUAUCACUUGUAAAUAUAAGGAAAAUUGAAUCUACAUGUAGGUUUUGAUAAAGGAUUAAUCGUUACCAGUUGCACAGCUCAAAAUCAGAUGAAAAAAAAAUACUAAUCUGGUUUUUAGAAUUAGGAGAUAGCAUUGAGGCUGUAAUGGGCUUGCCGGUACGUUGUUCAUGCUAACUUGUCAAAAUAGGUACGCACUUCUUGUAUAGUGACUAUAAUGCGGACAAGCUUCUUCGCUGUAAUGUUUGCCGAUGUAUUAAUUUCAUUACAUUUGAGAUCUGUGUUAAAUCCUGUUGGCCCAUUUCUGUCUUUCCCAGCAAAGCAAUAAAAACCAGCUGAAGAGGAACCAUGAUAUAUUCGGACUAAACUUGGGUAUAAAAAGAAAUUUACUACCCGGACAUGUAAUUUGCGCACCUGUUGUCUAUUGCUCUCAGAGGUUGUGGUUCUGUAACUUUUGUCUCCCAGUGGUGUGCCGUACACGGAAUGUGAUUCCAGCGUCCGACUUCAGUGCAUUUUGGCCAUCUUUGCACAAAGCAGGACAGGCCUCAGUUUGUGUUGGCUGUAAUUGAUUCUGGACAGCAACUUCUUGACGAUGCAUGUUUUUGCAUUUUGUAUCGCUUGAUAUCCGUGACAUGAGCCUGAACUGUAAAACACGUAGCAGCUUGCAAAGCUUUCUUUGGGGAACUUUACUGUGGUUGUGGAAUCUCUCAUUAAAGUUAAAUGAAAAAAAUCUCAGAAA